CGACUGCUUCAACUUCCAGUCUCUUCAAUUCUCAUAUCCACUUACCUUCUGACAUCCAUUGUCACAACCUACAGAGCAAACCGUCUCGUCGUCGACGUCGUUCCAAAAUGGCGCAACAGCCAGGCUGGAUUCCGCCUCACCUUCGCGUGAUUCAGGCGGCCCAGCAAGCUCGCAAGGAGCAAGAGAAGCUUUCGCAGUCGAUUCCAUCCCAUCUUCGAGACAAGCCGAGCAAUGACUACGGUGUACCUGUUGCUGUCAAGGUUCCUCCUGUCAGAGCUCAUCAAGCCACUACAAGCAAAUUCGUUCCACCUCAUCUUCGAAAAAAGAUCCACAACGAUCACGGUAAUUCUGUGACUGCUGAGACCAAUAGUUUGCCUAUUCCAGUUGCUACCGAGAUGCAGUCUUCUCAGUCGAUCCAACCUCUUCUUGCUAGCAAUUGCCCAAACCAUGGUUUGACAGCCCCUCCUACCAACAGCGCUCCGUCCGUUCAGGUUGCGGAAAAGCCGCAGCCAUCCGGAUACAUACCACCUCAUCUUCGCCAUAAAGCCCGGCAAGCUGCCGUCAAGACUCCAGCUCUAGCAGCAGAGCCUCCGGUACAGCGCAAGAAGUGGGUCAUUGAGCCUCUACGCAACAAAUCACCCUCUCCUGUCACAUCUUCAGUGCCUCCGCUUGCACCCGAGCCUGAUUCUGUUUCCCCUUCGCCCGAAUCUGCUACCAGCCCUUCACAACUGCCACCUCACCUCCGCUACACGACUCAGCAGGGCGCGAUCAAGACCACAGCACCCGUAGUGAAGCCCCCAGUCCAGCGCAAGAAGUGGGUGGAUGAGCCUCUUUACAACAACACGACACCUUCGCGUACAAGACCACCAAUGAGGCAUCCGCUUUCUCCUAAACGUGAGCCUGGCACAAGUUCCUCAGUAGAGCAACUUGCCAGCAACAAGACAUCAGCGAAGAAGACUGGCACUACUGCACUCACGUCCCCAACUCAACACAAAACUGUCAACUUGGAUGCUGUCUAUCGUGGGUGGGCAAACCGUAGGUCUGAAGAGAAGAAACAGCCUGUACAUGUCAAGAAAACCGCUCGAGAGAAACGCGGGUGGCCCAAGAAUCCUAGGCCGCGAGUUAAGACUCCCGACAGCAAUGCUUGGGGAUCUGGCGACUGGGAAAAGCCAAAUCCUGGAGGUGUCGAGAUCGAAGUCCAUGGCGGUCAAGAUCCUGAUUAUGAUAUUCGCCAACUCACUGACUGGAAUGGCGACUGGCUUCCUGCACCAGUUGAAUGGGAGAACCGUCGAGGCUUUCGUCACCGUGGUGGAAAUUUCUCUCAGUGGAUGCACACCUGGGGGACCGAUCAUGCCAACAACCACAAAGUCGCAGUCAUUCCUCUUUACCCUCACGAUGGUCCUGUUGUUCAUCCAGACUGGUUUCCCAAGGUCAUUGACGAGCAGUCGCCACAAACUUUUUGGGACUCCUUCUGUAGAUCUGCCCCGGAGCCGACUUGGGAAGAGGAUCUUGCAUGGAAGCCUUGGUGGUUGACCAUCAUCGAUGGUAUCUUCAUUCCUACCCCCGAGCAGCCAAGUGACAAAAUGUCUCCGGAAGAAGAGCUCGACUAUGCACAGAAUAACACUUUCGGGCUCCACAGCGAUGGAGCUGCUGAGUGGUACGCCACCAAAGAAAAGCUGAAGCACAUUGAGAAGAAAAAGAAGAGAGCAGAGAUGAAAGAAAAGAGGAAAGAGUCGAUGGAAUUGUUGAAGACCUACCAAAUCCAGGUCCCAGACAGAUCUAUCAAGCCGGAGCUCAACAUCUAUCUUCGCCCGAUGAAAGCUUCAGACAUUCCCCAGGUCACGAAGAUUUACAAUUGGCAUCAAGAGCAUAGUGUCUCACCACCGGAAGUUGACCCUGUUCCUCUACGAAUCAUGCAAGACCGUAUUGCAAGCAUUGAGCAAGCUCAUUUCCCCCUCAUUGUCGCUGUUGAGAAGGUCGCAUCCAAGAAGUCCAGGUAUGGUGAAUUUGCUCUUACAGAGAACAUUGCUGGCUACGCAUACGUCGAUGACUACCACUCCCGAGCUGGAAUGCACCGCUACACUGGAGAGAUUGAUGUCUACGUUCGCCAUGAUUGUCGUCGCAAACUAGUCGGUACUUGCCUCAUGGACAAACUUAUGUCGCUUGUUGAUCCCGGCUUUGACGAACGAGGAGGCUACGAUUGGCGUAGCGGAGAAGACUCGACCGGCCAAUACAUGCGCGGUGGUCGUCGUAUGAUGGGCAAGAUGAUGAUCAGAGUCGGCUACUUUGAUGGCGAUGUCCCCGGCUAUGAACGUGCGGAGAAAUUCCUGAAUCAAUUCAACUUCACCAUAUGUGGCAAUGAAGAGAAAGUUGGUGCCAAGGACGGUCGAUUCACCAAUGUUGCUCCUUUCCAGUACACGACCAGCUACAUUACCACGAAUCUCCUGAACCCAACGUACUAGACGCAAGUCCGCUCGACUAUGAUACAGCAGAAUGCAACUGCCAGUGUAAAUCCAUACAGUGUCGUCAUUUCUGCCGAAGCUAUCGAUGUACACCAAACUUGCCUACAGGAAACCUCAUACGUCGAAAAUUGGGCAGAAGGAAACUGCCAGCACAAAUCCACUCGAGCAGAAGGAAACUGCCAGUACAAAUCCAUUCGAGCAGAAGGAAACUGCUAGUACAAAUCCACUUGAGCAGAAGGAAACUGCCAGUACAAAUCUAAGGUGUCAUGGAAAGACACCUUCGAACGAUUUCACGGCUCUUCGCUGUGUAGA